AUGUUGUCGACGACACGGCUUGAUGAAUGCUACCGUUCGAGUAUGGCCCAGAUGGUCACGAAAUUGAUCAAGGCGCCGUCGGCUACACUUGGAAUGGACGGAGCGACGAAUGUUCUAUCAAGGAGCACGCCGAACGUGAUUGUCCAUGAUCUCCGUCCGUGGUUUGUGGAGUACUUGCGAGCAGGCCUGAAGAAAGAGUCUGCCCCGGAAGUAUUCAAGAAGAUCGAAGACUCUAUAUCACGUAUUCACGCAUAUCUUCAGAAGGAAGUUGUAUUGGGAGUCGUGCAGAAGUAUGGAUCGAGUGCUGUGCAGCUAGGAGGGGCGACCUUCAUACUCAGUGCCGAUGUGCUGUCGUCGCAAGCCCUCGAGUUGAACCGCGAACGCCAGAAAUUCGAAGUGUUCAUGGUUACUCAGCAUAUAACCACGGAUCUGGGUGAGAAUGCUGUGACCACCGAAGCCACAUACAGAGACGGGAACAGGAGCGCAAACGAAGAUGAUGAUGAAAAUGAGGAACUGACGGACGCAGAAUUUAUCGAGCAAGAGGUACUGAGUGCUGCGUUAGCUCAGAUCGCUGUCCCACGAGAGAUUCCAGAUCAUCUUUUUUUCCCAGAACAAGAGGAGUAG